CCACCAGCCAAUCAGACCGCUCUCGUAUUAAGCUAGCGCGAGGCUGUGUACAGUGCUUAAGAGUGCGGCGAGGCUCAGCGCUAUCAUACAGGCAAACAAUACAGAAAACACUAUCAAAAUGGCAAAGGGAGACCCCAAGAAGCCCAAAGGCAAGAUGUCUGCCUAUGCUUACUUUGUGCAAACCUGCCGUGAGGAGCACAAGAAGAAAAGUCCUGAAGUUCCUGUGAACUUUUCAGAGUUCUCCAAGAAGUGCUCUGUGAGAUGGAAGACCAUGUCCAGCACUGAGAAGUCCAAGUUUGAUGACCUGGCAAAACAAGAUAAGACACGAUACGAUAAUGAGAUGAGAGACUACCAGCCAGGGGGAAAGGGUGGCAAGAGAAAGAAGGACCCCAACGCACCCAAGAGACCGCCAUCUGGUUUCUUCCUCUUCUGCUCAGAGCAGCGUCCUAAAAUCAAGGUUACCAACCCAGGCCUCACUAUUGGGGAUGUGGCCAAGAAGCUUGGUGAGAUGUGGAACAACCUGACUGAAGCCACAAAAAAGCCCUAUGUGAUCAAGGCAGGCAAGCUAAAGGAAAAAUAUGAGAAGGACGUUGCAGAGUACAAGUCCAAAGGAAAGGUUGACUCUGCAAAGCCGGCUGCAAAGGCAGCCCCCAAGAAGAGAGUAGAAGAGGACGAUGACGACGAUGAUGACGAGGAAGAUGAAGAGGAGGACGAAGAGGAUGAUGAUGAAGAUGAUGAAUAAAUAAGCCAUUUGAUUUCUUUUUCUUUUCAGCAUGAUUACUAUAGGGUAGGGUUACCAUGUGGCUCCAGAUUAACCGGAUGCUGUGAGACAGAACGGGAUUUCAAACUUGCCCCUAAAUUGAAAUAAAUGAAGGUGUAAAUGAACCAUCCUUGGCUACAAUUAAUAAUGGUGCUUAAAUACCCGCAUACGCGUCAAAUAAUUGUAUUAUACCAAGAAUGAAUUGCAGCCAGUCGCUAUUUUUUUCUGUUUGUUAAAAUUCAAUCGCCCAUAUUAUUCUGCAAAUACAAUCGCAUCAUCUCGUUGCUCUAUCGAUAGAUUAGCUAUUCGUUCAUUAAGAUCUGAUCAGAAGCAGCUGAUCCGUGUGAAUUGUUUGCUGCGCCCAAGCAAUUCCACCACAGCAGGAUUAAUCUCAGCAAAGGUGGAGCUCAUUUAUACGUGAAUUACUUUCAAUUUGGGGGGAAUUUUGAAAUCCCGGUCUGUCUCAAAGCGUCCGGUUAAUCUGGAGCCAUAUGGUAACCCUACUGUAGGGUAGGGAAAACACACAUUGCAUUGUUGGUCCCCUCUCCCCAUCCUUCCUUUGUGGACUCAGUACUGUAAGUUUAAGCAGAUUUAGUUGCAGCCAAGUCUGACAGUUGUGAAAAAGCUGCAACAGUUUUGAAACUUGAAAAUUCAACUGCUUUGUAUAUUAAUGGUUUAAAAAAAAAAAAAAAAGAAAUUAAUUCAGUUGUGUGUUUUGUAUAUGUCAACACUCUGAAUCUCAAGUGUUCUCCUUGCUCUAUGUAUUAUGUUGGUUGUGUAACAGAAAGCAUUUAAACAAUUUCUAGCAUUGCUUUUUAUUUCUUUCUUUUUGUAAGGUGGUGUGUAACUGUAUGGUUAUUGACUUAGAUUAUCUUGGGUUUUAAAUUGUACAGAUAUCUAGUUUGUAAGAGACUUGUAUCAAUAUUGUAGUGCUUGCUUUAAGCUUUUGCGCUCCUUCACGGCUGCUUCCCAGUGGUGAAGGAGCAACAAUAGCUUUUGGUGUACACUGUAAAUGAGGCCAGUGUCUACACUACAUUGGGGUAUCUCUAGCGUAAAAGUUGUCUUUCUGUAUAUAUUGAACUAGCAUUCUGCAGCAAUUCAGUACAGGAAGGGUGUGAAAUAGCAUGAAAUAUUUUAUGUGGAUUUUUUUUUUUUUUUUUUUUUUUUUUUUUUUUCCCUUAAGUGCAGUUUUUAAACGGGUGUUGUAGGAUAAUCCACUUUUUUUGAAGUGGGGAGUGAGUGCAGCAGUUGAUGUUACAAAUCCUGUACUUAAAAGACUGCAACUAAGGUAUAAUUUCAUUUUUGUAUGUUUAGAAUGCUAAGAUGUUUUUGAAGUUAAUAAAACAGUAUUACAUUUUUUUUA